CUUUUUUAACAAUGUAUGAAAGCGCUGACAGUUCUGGAUAAAACACAAAAUUUUGCUAAUGGAUGAGAUAUUUUAAUAUGAUAAAAUGAGAACAAAACCACUUUUGUAUCAGCAGUGAAGAAACGUACGACGUGGCGUACAGAAUAACGAAAAAUCAGACGAGACUUCGACGAAAUAAAUUUGCGCUGCUCGCAAAAUAAUGCAGUAACGCUCCCCGUUACCGAAUCUACUACGUAUUUUAACAGCAAAAACCGAAUAUCGUGGGUUAUCAAUCCUUAACGAAUGGAACGUAAAAACCUACAGUUGGAUAAAAAUGCGUCCGACAGCGAAUUCGGAUGAAUCUGUAACGGCACAUCGAUCCGCUCACGUCGGUCGGUACGCCGACCAUCUAUCACGACGUCCUAAGGAACAAAUAUCUGGCUCGAAAAAUGCACAAACGGAAUACGAAACGCAUUUAUCGCAUAAUAUUGCGCAUUCCUCAAUAUAUGGACCCGGCACGACAUCAAGUAACGCGGAAAGGCACGUUAACGGCACACCGACCGAUCGGCAGAACGUAACGGGUGUUUCAGAAAAUCCCGAGCGGAAGGAUCAAGGGAUCGAUACGCGCGACGAUCUAUCGCCACAAAGAUAUUGGUCGUGCUGCGCCGUGCCGCGACUGUGGUGCGUCAAACUGUGCGCAAGAAAGAAGGAAUAUGCGGAUCACGUUCUGAGUGAGCCUACGAAACGACUCUUCAAACGAAUCAAGCGAAGCAAGAAGUGCGGAAAGCCCGAUGAAACGACGACGAUGGCGGUCGACGACAAUGGCGUAUCGAUCGCGCCGCAUCAAGAAUCAAUGAGUCUUCGAAGCGCCCGAGAGAAAUCCAUGAGAAGUCGUAAACGAGACGAAGAAGCGGAAGCGUUUGAUAAGGACGUUCCCGAGGACGAGAGGAAGAAGAGAAAGGAGAGGAGGAAAAGAGAAAAGAAGGAAAAAGAGAGGAAGGAAAGAGAAAGGGAAGAACAACGGGCGAGACGCGAGGAGCAGAUGUUGCAACCUGUGGACGUGCGCUUGAUGACGCGUGACGAGGACCUCGGAAGACAGCAACAUCCGCCUGUAACGGACUUCACAAAGAGCUGCUGUUACCUAUGCGCCCAGAACACGCUGGCUAUCGCGGCGGCCGCCACAAAGCCCGAGCAAUCCGACAAGUGCGUCCAAGUUUCAGCCCAUAAAUUACGCGCGGAGAUACCUCUGACGCUCGAUAGGAGCUGCAGUCCGACGCUGCUGCUGAUGCGCGCUGUGCAAUCGUCUGUCAAGGUGAGGACGCGCGAGACCAGCACUCUGUGUCCUGACGUAGGCAAUAAAGUGACGGAGAGGUCGGGGACGAGGAAGCGCAAAAAGUUCAGCUUGUUGCCGAGGUUGACGAGGACGAAGUGCCCGGCGGGACGACACGCUGUCUGCGAGACUGAUAAAACGACGUUGGCCGAGCGCGAUGAUAACGUAGAAAAACUUGAGCCAAGGAGCAAGAGAUGCUGCAGGGAGAAGACAGUUUGACAUGCUUAAACUUUUUCGAAACUUAAUUCGUGACCCUGAUUCGUGCGAACAUCGAUGUCAUUGAAAUUUUUUAUUUGCUUGGAAAAAAACGAUGUCACAUUUAUUUUCGAUUUUUAAACAUUUACAUUCGAAAGUUUAAAAUGCCACUCUCUUUUAUGAGAUUUUUCUUUUUAUCUCAAAAUAUCGAGGAAAAAAUUGUUAUAUAUGUUUUUUUAUUUCUCUUUUGUUAGUUUUAUGUACUUGUUCACUUUU